UUCCUAUGAAAUCCCAAAUUAAGUUUCGAAAGACCCUGAACAUAUUACUCUCUCUCACGGCGGCGCUAGGUGCUCUUUCAAUCGCAGUGUCAAUCGAAAGUCGGCUCUCUCCCUCAUCGCGGAAUCACAGCCAGAAGCCCUUCUCUCUCUCUCAUCGCAGAUCGACGGCUAACCCAUCGAUCUCUAUCUCUCUCUCUCAUCGCAGCAACGCCAGCCCUUCUCUUUCUCAUUGCAGAUCGACGAUUUCUCUCUCUUAUUGCAGUAAUCGUGGAGCUCCUCUGUGGAUUCAAUCCUUAAAAGUUGAGCUCAUCAUCCCUCACAAUGGGUCUCCUGGGUAGCAAAAUAAGGGAAGAAGAUCCAUAUUCAGAGUCGGUUGGCCCCCUCCGAGUCAUCAACACCCUUGGCGUGGGCGUCAAGGGUGGGUCACUCUCUGUGGAGUCACUGGGAGAGCUCACAGACCGCAUCCUCGAAACGAAACAACAAGUGGUCGAGUUCAUUGACGAAUGCAAAGAAUUAAAGGACGUAUGGUGGAAUGAAGACGGACUGUUGGAUCUUGUGGUAUACUACGUCGGUAACACCAUGCAGUUUAUUGAACUUUGCACUGCUCUCAACCAGUGCCUCGUUCAUGUCAAAGUAGGAACACCCAUGAUUCAAGCCACUUUAAAGAAAUUUGAGGAAGGACAGAAAGAAUUAGGGUUGGAUGAGAAGAGGGAAAUCUAUUUGACGACGGUACAGGAAUUGAAGAAUUACAAGACUGUAGGUCACCCUUUAAUACAAAAGUUCUUCUUGUUGUUUCAAUCUGUUUAUACAAAGCAAAUGUUAAUGUUCAAGACAUUGAAAGCUAAGAAGAGUAAGUUUGUUAAGAAGUGGAAGAAAUUAACUUUUGUUGUGGCUUUUGCUUCUGUUAUGAUGUUUUCUGUUGUGGCGGCGGUGGGGAAUGUUGUGAUGGUGUUGAUGGGUGCUACUACGGCAAUGGGGCAGAUGGAUGAAUGGAUUGAUUCCCUUUGGAACCAGUACGAGGAUUUGGUGAAAGGACACAAAGAGACGGCUCCUUCAUUAUUAAAGAUUGAGAAUCGGAUUGAGAUGGGGGACUUGGAGGACUGCAUUGGAGCACUAGUGUUGAAGAAUGCUGAUUUUGAUGUUAGUGAAGAGGACGGUGUGACGGUAGCUAUGGAUGAGAUCAAGAAGAGGUUGCGUGAGUUUCUCCAAACUAUUGAGAAAUUGUAUGAACAUACUACUAAGCUUAGCACUAAAAUAAUGAGUGGGUGGAAGGAGGGAAUGGUGAUCUUGAGGAACAUCAAUGACCGCGCCUAUAUGACCUGAAUAAUAUUUGUUACCCUUCUUUUUAUCAACAGAUUGCGUGUUUUUAUUAAUUAUGGAGUGUGUUUUUAUUAAUUAUGGAUCAGCUAUAUAUCCCUAAUACUUUGAUGA